CUGCGGGAGGCUGCGGCCGCCCCUAGCCGCCGGGUGGCUCCACCUGCGAGCGGGCGAGCGGGGCGGGAUGUGAGGCCGCGUCCGCCGAGCGCCGCCACCAGCGCCGCGAUGGCCAGCGCCAGGAGCAUCGAGCUCGAGCACUUCGAGGAACGCGACAAAAGGCCGAGGCCGGGGUCGCGGAGGGGCGCGCCCAGCUCCUCGGGGGGCGGCGGCGGCGGCUCGGGCCCCAAGGGGAACGGGCUCAUCCCCAGCCCGGCGCACAGCGCCCACUGCAGCUUCUACCGCACGCGGACCCUGCAGGCCCUCAGCUCGGAGAAGAAGGCCAAGAAGGCGCGCUUCUACCGGAAUGGGGACCGCUACUUCAAAGGCCUGGUCUUUGCCAUCUCCAGCGACCGCUUCCGGUCCUUCGACGCGCUCCUCAUUGAGCUCACCCGCUCGCUGUCGGACAACGUGAACCUGCCCCAGGGCGUCCGCACCAUCUACACCAUCGAUGGCAGCAGGAAGGUCACCAGCCUGGACGAGCUGCUGGAAGGUGAGAGUUACGUGUGUGCAUCCAAUGAGCCAUUUCGUAAAGUUGAUUACACCAAAAACAUCAACCCGAACUGGUCUGUGAACAUCAAGGGUGGAACCACUCGAAGCUUGGCCUCCGCCGCCCCUGUGAAAAGCGAAGUCAAAGAGAGUAAAGACUUCAUCAAACCCAAGUUAGUGACUGUGAUCCGGAGUGGAGUGAAGCCCAGAAAAGCUGUGCGGAUCCUUCUGAAUAAAAAGACUGCCCAUUCCUUUGAACAGGUCCUAACUGACAUCACCGAAGCCAUUAAGCUCGACUCCGGAGUGGUCAAGAGGCUGUGCACCCUAGACGGAAAGCAGGUUACUUGUCUGCAAGACUUUUUUGGAGAUGAUGAUGUGUUUAUUGCGUGUGGACCUGAAAAAUUCCGUUAUGCCCAAGAUGACUUUGUCCUGGAUCACAGUGAAUGUCGGGUCCUGAAGUCAUCUUACUCUCGAUCCUCAGCUGUUAAAUAUUCUGGAUCCAAAAGCCCUGGGCCCUCUCGUCGCAGCAAAUCACCAGCUUCAGUAAAGAGGGGUGGCCACUACUCCAGUGCCUAUUCUGCAGCCAAAUCCCCAGUUAAUGGAACUCCCAGCAGCCAACUUUCUACUCCUAAAUCUACAAAAUCCUCCAGCUCCUCUCCAACCAGCCCAGGAAGUUUCAGAGGAUUAAAGCAGAUUUCUGCUCAUGGCGGGUCGUCUUCCAAUGUGAAUGGUGGGCCUGACCUUGACCGUUGCAUGAGCCCGGAAGGUUUGAAUGGAAACAGGUGCUCCGAAGCCUCGGCUCUCCUUGAGAAAUACAAGGUUGGAAAGGUCAUCGGCGAUGGCAACUUCGCAGUCGUCAAGGAGUGCAUGGACCGGUCUACUGGAAAGGAGUUUGCACUGAAGAUUAUAGACAAAGCCAAGUGUUGUGGAAAGGAGCACCUGAUCGAGAAUGAAGUGUCCAUACUGCGCCGAGUGAAGCAUCCCAACAUCAUCAUGCUGGUUGAGGAGAUGGACACAGCAGCUGAGCUCUUUCUGGUCAUGGAAUUGGUCAAGGGUGGAGAUCUCUUUGAUGCGAUCACUUCUUCGACCAAGUAUACCGAGCGGGACGGCAGUGCCAUGGUGUACAACCUCGCCAACGCUCUCCGAUACCUCCAUGGCCUGAGCAUAGUGCACAGGGACAUCAAGCCGGAGAACCUCUUGGUGUGCGAAUAUCCCGACGGAACCAAGUCAUUGAAACUGGGGGACUUCGGGCUGGCGACGGUGGUGGAAGGCCCCCUGUACACGGUCUGUGGCACGCCCACCUAUGUAGCGCCAGAAAUCAUCGCUGAAACCGGCUACGGCCUGAAGGUGGACAUUUGGGCGGCUGGUGUGAUCACGUACAUACUCCUGUGUGGAUUCCCACCAUUCCGAAGUGAGAACAACCUCCAGGAGGAUCUCUUCGACCAGAUCCUGGCCGGGAAGCUGGAGUUUCCUGCCCCCUACUGGGAUAACAUCACCGACUCAGCCAAGGAAUUAAUCACUCAGAUGCUUCAGGUAAACGUCGAGGCUCGAUGCACUGCAGGGCAGAUCCUGAGUCACCCCUGGGUGUCAGACGAUGCCUCCCAGGAGAAUAAUAUGCAAGCAGAAGUCACAGGUAAACUAAAACAGCACUUUAAUAAUGCACUGCCCAAACAGAACAGCACCACCACCGGGGUCUCCGUCAUCAUGAACACAGCUCUAGAUAAGGAGGGGCAGAUUUUCUGCAGCAAGCACGGGCCCGAAGGCAGCAGACCUACAACAGAGCAGAGCUCCCCUACGCCUCCUCCGGUCCAGGAGCCCCCCGAGUCUGCGCCCAACCCUCCGGCAGCUCCCCCACGCCCCUGUUCUCCGGCCGUGGGCUGCGAGCGUGCAGGGACCUGGCGCCGCCACCGAGACUGAGCCCGUGCGGCCUGCCUGGCCAUGCUGUCCCCGCUGGAUGCGUCCCCCUCCUGACCACCUGCUGUGGCCCCAGCCCUCCCGGGGUUGCCAAGGACGGGGCUGUUGUCACCGCAUUCUGCACACUGCUCCAGGAGGUGACUCCUGCCAUCAGCGUGGAGCCCGAUGUCCCAGCGACUGGAUUUUGGUCACCGCGUGUGCGGGGCAGGGUAUGCCACUGCAGCUUUUGUCAGCAUAAAGGAUUUUUAUAGCAAUUCCAUGUCGGUUGCCAAGAGACUCCUCGUGUGAGUGCGCCGCUGCUCCCUUCUCAAGGAGGACAGUGCCUGCGUUUCCCCUCACGCAUGUCCUGGGAGACGUGACGGGGCAUCACCUCACCUCCAGGAUGCCAACGUCACAGUCCGCAGCCCGCAGCAGGCAACAGCACUGUGAGCUGGAUAUUUAUUUGGCCCCCAGUCCAGGGCGUGGCUUCCUCCCAGCCUUCCCCAACUGGCAUGAGGAGCCGCUAAGGGGGCAGGUGCAGGGCUCCCUGGCCUGGCACCCCAUCAGCAUGGACCUGGCUUCGUGUCUGCUUUCCCUCAGGAGCCAGGGCUCCCCAAGCGCAGCUGGCUGGGGCAGGAGGUGCCCCUUGGACACCCUGUCGCUAACCUUCUGGAAGGCUGCUGGCAGUUUUUCCUUUUUUUCCACCGCCCUACUCUUUUUAAUAAUUACACAUGGCCAUGUAUUUGUUCGACCUGCUCAUCUUGUGAGUAGGUGGGCCCUACGUGUAGUUCAUUCUCACUGUUAAGACUUUCCCUUCUACAAGUGUCCCCAACUGCA